AUGGAUAUGGACCAGAAGCUGCCACCGUUCCAAGAUUACACGGGCGCCGGUGUAACAGCAGCUCCUGGACCAUCCACGAUUUCAGCGGCAGCAACAGCUUACAACAUGACACCGUCCAACUGUUACGGCUCGCUGUCAGCCCCGCUGGCCGGUACCAGCGGUAGCACGCACCAUGACUUCAGCCGAGCUGGCCCCUCUCAUAUGUCCCCAUAUUUCUACCAAAAUACGUUCCCCCCUUCGGCAGCAGCGGCUGCAAUAGCAUCGGCAACCGCGUCCGGGUCAACGUAUGGCGCUGGCGCAGUCGGGGGCUCGGCCACUUUGCCACCUCAUCAGCAGUACAUGUACCAUCAGCAACCGUCGGUUAGCUCGCCAGAAGAGCACUCGACAAAAAUAAUCGAGGGUGGCGAAGUCAGGAUAAAUGGAAAAGGAAAGCGCGUCCGUAAACCUCGGACGAUCUAUACGAGCUACCAGCUACAAGAGCUCCAGAGGAGGUUUGCGAAGACGCAAUAUUUGGCGCUGCCGGAACGAGCUGACCUUGCGUCAAGGCUGGGCCUCACACAGACGCAACACCGCAAGUUCAUAUAG